AUGCGCCUCAAUUUCAGCGAACCCCCGACGCCGACGUUGAGUCGUCAGAACACAUCCCUUGUCAACGGCCAUCAUUAUCGCCGGGGCACCCAUCCCCACCAACUGUCGACGCGACGGAAGCCUCGAAGAUGGCCGCUGGUCUUCCGGUUCGUCAAAGGCGCUGUCCACGGGCAGAUCCUGUUGCCGGUCGUGUUGCAUGCGAUGUUUACGGCCUUUGUGGUGUGUCUGGAUAGAUACAUUUUCGACACCGUCGGCCUACCAAACAGCAUCAUUCCCUCGCUCUCAAUCGUCGUCGGUCUCAUGCUCGUCUUCCGCAACCAGACCUCCUACAACCGGUUCUGGGAUGGCCGCAACGGCAUGAACACCGUCAACACCUGCAUCCGCAACCUGGUGCGCACGAUCGCCACCAACGCCUACAGCCCGCGGGCCGCGCCGUCGCCCGCAGAGAAAGAGGACAUCGAGCGCACCUUGCGCAUCCUCAUGGCCAUCCCGUUCGCCGUCAAGAACCACCUUCGCGCCGAAUGGGGCGCCGCCUGGGCGUUUGGCAGCGACGUCGGCGAGGACGGCGUCGCCGCCUACAACCCGGACUACGCGAGCCUGCUGCCUGUCGGCUUGGAGGGCCACGAGGACGAGGGGCUCGGGCUGCCGUUUCAGUUGACCUUUUUCGUGGACGGGUUCAUCAAGCGCGGCGAGCAGCGCGGGUGGUUCAAUGCGCCGGGGGCGAGUCAGAUGCAGGCCCAGCUGAAUACCCUGAUGGACGCGUAUGGGAAGAUGGAGACGAUCAAGUUGACGCCUAUCCCUGUGGCGCAUCUAAUCCAUCAAAAACAAGUCCUCGCGCUGUACGGCUGCGUCCUGCCCUUCGGCAUGGUCGACGACCUGGGCUGGUGGACCGUGCCGAUUGUGAGCCUGGUCAUUUUCACGCUGUACGGCAUCGAGGGCAUCGGGUCGCAGCUGGAGGACCCGUUCGGCUACGACCGCAACGACAUCAAAAUGGACGCGAUUGUCGGCGACGCUAAAACGGAGCUCGGCGUCGUGUUGUCGGAAUGGCGGAAGACGAUCGUCUCGGGGGAGUUGGGGGCGCAAGGGGAGCAGCUUGUUCCGCCGGUCACCGCGCCGAACAACCCGAGUCCUGGACUGGACGAUGCAUAUGCGCCGCCGGAGAUGUUUCUCAAGAUGCGGCCGCGGACAGUGCGGUAG